AAGCUGUACUGCCUAAAAACAUGAAAGUUCUAUAUCACUUCUUCUUCAUCCUCCUCCUACUAGACCAAUUUCAGUAUGUUUCCCGAAGCAAAAACCCUGAAAUACCUCCCGAAAAUAUCCUAAAUGAACUUUUUGUGGGUUGUUUUUGGAUUUUUAUCAGUUCCACCAAAUAGCGCCGCUAUGGCUGCUAUUUCCUUCGCUUUAGCGGCCCCAACAGCUGCUACACCUAACUGCACCGCUACGGCUAGGCUAAUUGUUGUUUUGAAGAGAGAUCUUGGAAGGGAACUUGCCUAAGUUCAUCUAUUGUUUGACCUACCUUUGACAAACCCCACAGACACUACUAACACAAACAAUACCCAAUCUUUUUCUGUGUUUUCUUCAAAAAAUAAAGAAUAAAAAAGAGAAAGACUUGGGAAAUUCCGGUGAAACAACCACCGCUUCUUACCGCGUGAUUGUCAUCGUAAUCUGCCAUUCUCCCUCGGUUACCCAUGAAACGAGGACGGGAAUCUCCUUCAACCUCUUUCGGUCCACCUCAAUCCAAAGCUAGACAUGAUCCUCAAGGUGAUGCAAACUUUCUGGAGGAUGAAAUUUUUGCCAGGAAAGUGGCUGAUCAUUACAGUGCAAGAUCUAACCAGACUCUGGAAGAACGGGAGGCUAGUCCAAUUAUUCAUUUGAAAAAGCUCAAUAAUUGGAUUAAGAGCGUCUUAAUUCAGCUCUAUGCUCGUCGAGGAGAUGCUGUACUUGACCUUGCAUGUGGCAAGGGUGGUGAUCUUAUCAAAUGGGACAAGGCCAAAAUUGGAUAUUAUGUUGGUAUUGACAUUGCUGAAGGCUCAAUCAAAGACUGCCGUACACGUUACAAUGGUGAUGCUGACCAUCAUCAGCGACGCAAAAAGUUUUCAUUUCCUGCUCGCCUCAUAUGUGGAGAUUGUUAUGAGGUUCGGUUGGACCAAGUUCUUGCUGAUGAUGCACCUUUUGAUAUUUGUAGUUGCCAGUUUGCAAUGCACUACUCCUGGUCUACAGAGGCCCGUGCCCGGCAAGCAUUGGCCAAUGUGUCAGCUUUACUUCGUCCUGGAGGAAUUUUCAUCGGAACUAUGCCAGAUGCCAAUGUGAUUGUCAAGAAGCUUAGAGCAGCUGAAGGACUAGCUUUUGGCAACAGUUGCUAUUGGGUGCGUUUUGAUGAAGAGUUUAAAGAGAAGAAAUUUAAAGCAUCGAACCCUUUUGGAAUCAAGUACUACUUCCAUUUGGAGGAUGCUGUUGAUUGCCCUGAAUGGAUUGUCCCCUUCCAUGUAUUCAAGUCAUUAGCUGAAGAGUAUGGUUUGGAGCUUGUCUUUAAGAAGAACUCACAUGAAUUUGUGCAUGAGUAUUUAAAAAAACCGGAAUUUGUGGAGCUCAUGAGAAGACUUGGUGCCUUGGGGGAUGGCAACCAAGACCAGAGUACACUCUCACCUGAUGAAUGGGAUGCAGCAUAUUUAUACAUGACAUUUGUAUUGAGAAAGCGAGGCCAACCAGAAAACAACCAAGCGAGAGGUAGAAGAGACCGAGGGUUGAUGCAUAUUAAAGAGGAAGACAUAAUGUAUAUUAGCAAUGAAUAACUUGAAUGAAAACAACCACUACCGAUACGAUGAGCUCACACUCUAGGCUCUUACAAAUUCUUUUGCUCCAAAACAUUGAAAUUUCCAAGUCCACAAUAAAUAACUGACAAAUUUUCUCCCAGGAUUUGUGAUACCAUCUAGAUGGGAAUUGUGGCAAUGUAAUUUUUACGAACUCAAUAGACGCUUCUACAUUCCUUUAUCAUUGUAUUGUGUUAUUCAUUCAACAAAUGACACUUCAUUAUUAUGUUAGUUUAUUUAUUUAUUCAACUACUAAAUUAACAUAA